AUGCUUCCUGGCGCGCAAGCCCGUCUAGACUUCUAUGCCCGCCGCGCAUACACAGAAUACAUGCUCCGGUCCCCUAGGCCAGCAGCGCUGCACACAGUGGUGCAACUCAACGUGCUGCACGCGCUGAUGCAAAACGCCUCGACACUGCAGUUGACUCCAAAGUCGUUAUGUGGCCUCGACUCACUAUCACCAUUCAACCGCACGGGUCCUAUCCCACCCUCAGCUCUGAACGCAGAACUACCUCCGUCGCUUCAGCCAACAGCCCUGCAGACUUCCAUCCCGCACAGACCGUGGAUCGAUCUCUUCCCUCUCCCCGAGCUCCGCGACGCAAUUCUGCGCCUGAGUUGGACCGAGCUAGAGGGCGAAAUUAGCACAGAUCUCCUUGAUGUGGAUGAGGCUCAGGACGUGAGGCCGAAUCUGAUUGUUUGGGGUGAUGCAGCAGACCCGGGGGCGUGGGAAGCUACGAUGCCGUUUCUGAGGAAAUGGGGAUGGCUUGUGAGGGGAUGUGAGGGGCUGCUGGAGAGUACGAACCAUUGGCGGGAGAAGAGAGGAGAUCGGAAGUUGAUGAUAAAGGCAUGA